AGGAGCCUUAUCAGAGAGAGGGUUACAGUCAGCUUGUAGCUAAUGGCUCAUCUAUUCAAUUCCGGGCCACACACUAAGCAAACACUGCGUCAAAGGAGUUGUGUUAGAGAAAUAUGUGACUCUCCCUAGUCAACUGACUGUCUUUAGCUCUCCAAAUCACCAUGGGAAUUCGAGGAUCUAAACUCCCAGAAGCCCAUAUUCCACUCCUGGGCCUGGACAAUGCAGGGAAAUCGACUCUGCUCUACAAAUUGAAACACAACGCGUGUGUCAGCACCGUCCCCACCAUCGGCUUCAACGUUGAAAUGUUCGAGGCCAGAAGAAACCGGAGGAACAUCGCAAUAACCGUGUGGGACGUCGGUGGUCAGGGCAAGAUGCGCGAGCACUGGAAGAGUUUCCACCCGGACGCAGCAGCUGUCGUGUUUGUUGUAGACAGCUCGGACAGGGCGCGCCUGGAGGAGGCGCGCAGGGAGCUGGCGAUCACCCUGAGGAGCGAGCAGUUGAGGGGACGUCCGCUCAUUCUUAUCGCCAACAAACAGGACGUUAACGGCGCACUGACCGUCACUGAGAUUAAGGACACGUUUCACCUGAGGAGGAUCUGCUCGGACCGGGAUUGGUUCGUUCAGCCUUGCUCCGCAUCGACGGGAUUUGGAGUUGAAGAGGCCUUCAGGCGCGUAGUGCAACUGGCCAAACCGUCAGACUCUGGGGCGAUGAAGGAAAACAUCAAGGACACAGUGCACUACCUUAAAGCUAGUCGAAGACAUUGAUUGUAUUUGUCUGAAAUGUUGUUUUCAAACAACUGACUAACUGAAACAUGAUUUUGUGAUACGUUUGAUCUAAUUUAUUACUGCUUUAAACAAUAAAUCAUAUUCUAAGGGAUCAGACCUUUUCA